AUGACUCAAAAUAGCACUUCCAGGCUUUCAAAGUUCAGAAAGAGGCUCCACACCAUUUCCUCAGAACAUGCACAAGAGGCCCAUAAGGAUCAUGAUAAGCCAGAUACCAAUAACAAUAAGAGUCACAGCCUAGUAGGUCAAACCAAAGAUCACAACAAUGAGGCUAACGACUCAUUGCUUGAAGAAAAAUUUAAUGCUAUAUCUACUGAGCACUCUUCUCCUUCUUCUGACAAAAUAUUGAAUGAUGGGGAUUAUGCACAUACAUUUGAUAGCUACCACAAUGCAGGUAUUCAUUCGAAAGCACUGUUUGAUUAUGAGCCUUCCACAAAUAGUAAUUUUAUAUUUCUUGAUAAGAACGGCUCACGAAACAGUAGCGGAAGCUCCUCAUUAUCAAAUUUUAAAUCACCAAGAAACCUCAAUGACAAUGAAUCUGCAGAUGGUAAUUUCAAUAGCAGUGAUAAUGAAACGGGCAUUUUCCAUGAUGAUUAUGAUGAUGCGGAGGAGGAGGAAAGUGACUCUAAGUCUUCUAUCGGUUCAUUCGAAAAUAGACCAAGCCUCUUCACUAAGCUAAAAGUGUAUGACGAUGAAGAUUGUUCAGACGAUGAAAGAAAUAUUAUUAGGUGCAAGAAGUCUUCACCAAAUACGAAUGUAUUACAUGUUUCACAAUCUCAAUAUUUUCAAAAUAAUAAGAUCGUUUCUGAUGAUGUAAACGGUACAUCUGAUGAUAAUUUACCAGAAUUUAAAUUGACAGAAACUGGGAUAGCCGGCUCCAAAGUUCCUUCUAACACUCUUAAAAUUUCGUCGCCAAUUCUGGCUCAGAAGACUCCAACAAGUCUUACCUUCAAAUCCCUUGAACAGCAAUCUACUAAUCAAUUACAAAUUAUUAAUUCUCCUUAUGAGAUUCACACCAAGGGAAGCAAUUUAACAUUGACUUUAACCAAAUCUAAUUCAUCAAAUUAUUCAAAUGUCCAAAGGCAUCAAAAGAUUCCGUAUGCGAACGCCACUUCCGCAAAUUCUGUGUACUCUAAUGACAUUGAGAAUUGUCUGCCUUUGGCUAAUGAUAUUAUAUCUGAUACCGUCAGCACUAAGGAUAAUUAUGGUAAAAAGGCCCAGCUUCAGAAAUUUGACGUUUGUUCAAUCCAGACUUCAAAUUCUAACCUUAAUAAUCCCACUCUUAGCUUUAUUAAUGAAUUUAACAGCCAAAUUUCCAACCAAACGAUUUUGACUGUUGAUCAGUAUAAUCGGCUAAUUGCAGGGGGCAAAUUAAAUGAACCAACUAGUACCAAUUCUCUCGAAAUCAAUCUGUCUGAUUUUAGGGAUCUUGACAUUGCGAAUAGUGUCUUAAUUACUUCCAAUGAAUUGGCAUAUUAUUAUUUAAACAAACUUCCUGGGGACACAAUAUUGUACCUGAAGUACUUCUUAUUCAAGAUUAUUAAUUCUAAGAGGAGAUGCUCAAUAAUCCAGAAUCCACAGGGCGACUCUAAGUUGUACGGUGAGUUUCUUUCCAGUGGUCUUUUUCUUCCUAGAAACUGUUGGAUCUUGCCUCUGAUUGGUAUCAAGAAUUGUAAAAUUAAGGAGAAUAUUUUAAACGAGUUGAUCGUUUUCUUGAAUUCCUUCUACACCAAUCUAAUCGAGGAUGAAAGUUUCAAUUUUAAUCUGAUAAAUGCAUCUUUGCUUUAUUACAAAAAACUAUUAUUGGCAUUCAAUGUUUAUGACAAAAAUACUGCCAUUCCUGCUGCAGUGGAUGGUCUACAUGUCAAAUUAGCUGGUGACUCAACCUUGGCUGACGAUAACCAGUCAUACUACAGUGUUGAUGAUAGACAAAGCUUAUCUAAUGUGAGUCAUACCAAUGUUGGAACUGAAUCUCUUCAUUCAAAGUUGGCAAAUAUCAGUCACAAAAAAAGCACACCUAAUUUAAGAAAGCAUAAGAGAUUUUCUUCUUUCCAUUUUUAUAAGAGAAACAAAUCAAAAUCAAAAAAUUCAACGGCACUCUUACAACAAAAUGAAAACGAAAACGUUCCAACAAAUUUCCAUGAUUCAAAAUCCGUAACCAGUGAGAGAACUGGGGUUAGUUUUGCAAGUCCUUCGGUUUCAACUUUUGGUAACCCUUCCACAAAUGAUAAUAUCAAUACUAGUAGCAAUGAAGAAAAGGAAGGUUAUUUCAAUGUAUUGACAUCGUUAUUUGAAAUAGUUUCCAAAUUAACCAAUUAUGCUAUGCAUUUACAAUAUUUGAUUGAAACUGGUGAAUCCAAUGACAAUUUAGAUUUGAAAUUUGAUUUAGCUUUAAAAAUUUUGAAAUUUCUAGCCAAAUAUGUUAUCCAGUUUAUCUUAAUUGACAUGGUCAAUUUAAUCAAUGAUCAUAUGAGAUUGUCUUCUGAGUUUUUCAAGAGUGGAAUAUUGCUAGAUGAUGUCAUCUCUUCGAUAUCCUAA